GUACCCCCCAUGUAACCCCCACUGUGUCCCCUCUCCGCAGGCGGGGCCAUGUCCCCCAGCUACAGCCCGACGUCCCCCGCCUACGAACCGCGCUCGCCGGGCGGCUACACCCCCCAGAGCCCCAGCUACAGCCCCACCUCCCCCAGCUACAGCCCCACCUCCCCCAGCUACAGCCCCACCUCGCCCAACUACAGCCCCACUUCUCCCAGUUACAGCCCCACCUCGCCCAGUUACAGCCCCACUUCCCCCAGUUACAGCCCCACGUCUCCCAGUUACAGCCCGACCUCGCCGAGCUACAGCCCCACCUCGCCCAGUUACAGCCCGACUUCCCCCAGUUACAGCCCGACCUCUCCCAGUUACAGUCCAACCUCGCCCAGUUACAGCCCGACCUCCCCGAGCUACAGCCCGACUUCCCCCAGUUACAGCCCGACUUCUCCCAGUUACAGCCCGACCUCCCCCAGCUACAGCCCGACCUCUCCCAGUUACAGCCCCACCUCGCCCAGUUACAGCCCCACCAGCCCCAACUACAGCCCCACCAGCCCCAACUACACCCCGACCUCCCCCAGCUACAGCCCCACCUCGCCCAGUUACAGCCCCACCAGCCCCAACUACACCCCGACCUCGCCCAACUACAGCCCCACCUCGCCCAGCUACAGCCCCACCUCCCCCAGUUACAGCCCCACCUCGCCCAGUUACUCCCCGUCCAGCCCCCGCUACACCCCGCAGUCGCCCACCUACACCCCCAGCAGCCCCAGCUACAGCCCCAGCAGCCCCAGCUACAGCCCCACGUCGCCCAAGUACACCUACAGCCCCACGUCCCCCAAGUACAGCCCCACCUCGCCCACCUACAGCCCCACCACGCCCAAGUACAGCCCCACCUCGCCCACCUACAGCCCCACGUCGCCCGUCUACACCCCCACAUCGCCCAAGUACAGCCCCACGUCGCCCACCUACAGCCCCACC